GCGAUACAAAUUAACACGUCAAUAUUAAUACUAUUAUCAUCGCUUUUGGUCUCGAUGAUGCGCUACACACGAGCAACUAAAUUUAAUUUUCCGCGCAGCACCACGGCCGCGCAUUGCGUAUUCACAAGCAAGGUUGUAGUCGAGAACUCCAACUGGACAGAAUGACCGAAAGUGCCGAACCACGGCGUGCAUGCCCGCAACAAACUAUUGCAAGCCGACGGAAUAUUUUGAUGUAGUAUAUCCUGUUCUCUCGAGAAUUUCUUGGAUGUGUCUGAUAAACAUAUUGUCUUACUGGUUCUUCGAAGGUAACUGUGGAUAACAAUCCCGAACAUCCUCGGGGUGUACGUCCUUUCGGUGCACAAGGUAAACAUCAUGGCACGAAUAGGUGACUUAUCGUGAAAUUCUACAAUCGGAUUCCACAUCAGAAGCAUGACUUGAAGAAAAGUCCAUACGAAAUAAUGUAUGGUAUCAAGCCUGACAUGACCAAAGUAAAAGUAUUUGGCUGUGAAGUAUAUGAACUCAUAUCUAAGCAAAGAAACACAGGUUUGGGUCAAAAGCUCAAUCCAAGAGCAAAAGCUUUUAUGUAUGUUGGACAUUCGGAGACCACAAUUGCUGAUUCCUAUAAACUGUAUGACAGAGUAAGCAAAACUGUCAAGACAGGAAGCAUCAGUAAGUGCAUUGAGAACGUGGAUGAGUACGGGAAAGUGCCAAGCAAACAUAACCACUCAUAUGCACAUGACUUCUCGGUCAGAGAAACUCUGCCAGAAGAUUUCUGCGAAGGAAAGGAAGCUGAAAAAUUCCUGGUUAAGGUGAUACAGGAUUUUGAUUUGUAUCACGACAGCAAAAAUGCAACCACGCAUUUGCUGAUAAAGGUAAAACCAUCCACCGGACGAACACGAUGGAUGUUCGCAACAUCAAUGUUCAAAAGAACGACAUCUGAAAAGAAUUUAAAGGUAAUAUUCAGCAAGCUUCAGAAUUUCCUGAAUAAGAAGGAUAGUCAGAAUCCAUAG